AUGUCUUCAUCCGGUGUUGUCCCAGUGGACUCCAAGUCUGCAAAGAAACGCAAGACCAAAACCGAAGCUCCCGUUUCUAGCGGCGUUGCUACUCCCUCGGUUGAGGCUGCUGCAGACUCUCACACCAAUGGAGCUGACUCACAACCGGAAAGCCCCUACAUUAAAGAAUUGACAAAAAACAUUCGUAACAUCCACAAGAAACUCGCCGCCUCCUCCAAGGCCGACAGUGUCAUUGCUGAGAACCCCAAUGUCCCUCUUGACGACCUGGUGGCGUCCAAGAAACUCAACGCAGACCAGAAAGCCCAGAUCUUGAAGAAGCCCGCCCUCCAAGCCCAGCUCGCCCAGUUCGAGGAGCAGCUAACUGCCUUCAAAGCCUUCGCUCACGACCUUGACGACAAAUUCACAAAGGAAAAGUCGUCCUUGACUGAAGCACACGAGGCUGAGAUUGCAGCAGCCAAGGAAAAGGCAGCUCAAGAGGCGGAGAAGAUCAAGACCGAUGCAGUCGAGGACGGCUUGCGAGUCAUCAAUCACUUUUUGCAUGCUGCAGCAUCCAAACGUCAAUCGGAAGACGUCGAUUCUGCCGAGUCUCGUGCGUUUGAGGGGACUUUGUUGCUAGUCUAUCAGGGUAACGAUGCCUCCUUGGAAACCUUGAAAAGUUUGAUCUACGGCACAGAUGACAAGGUUCCAGAUGUCAAUGGUGAACUGCUUGAUUACACAUACGCCCAGGUCAAGCAGUCGGCAAUUCAAGGAGGGGAACAUGCAUCUCAGGAUACCAAACAAGGCGAGAUUGACAAUCAGCCAACCGAGUCCAGUCCCCCACCAUCCUACAUCGAAACCGACCCAACAAUUGCCAAUGCCGGACUCACUGAACUUGACGAUACCACCACCAUCCCAACCAACAACGCCAGCGAGCACCAAGUCGACAACAUUAUCGUUCCUGAACAAGCCACCACUGGGGCUGACGCUGCCAAUGCAGUAGCCGAAUCCGCCUGGGAUCCUCAGGCUUCCAUCGUCACCGACGCAAGCACGACCAACGAAGAAUGGGUCCAAGUGCCUCGUGAUCCUGCCGAGACCGAAAGCGGUGUUGCUGCAACUCCCGCCACUGUCGGCAGCACUGCAAACUGGGCUGAGGAAGUGGGUGCCGCUGCCGAAGAAAAGGCCGCUUCAGAGAACGACGGGUUUGAACAAGUCAAGCGUGACCGAGGCCGAGGUCGAGGUGGCCGGGGUAGUCGGGGCGAUUUCCGAGGUCGUGGACGAGGUGGUGGUGGCCGCGGAGACCGGGGUGGAAGAGGCGGAGGAGGACCAAGAGGUGCACGUGGUGGACCGCGAGGAGAUAAGAGCUGA